AAGGAAUCCAUCUAGGAAGAGAAGCUGAUCCUGCUCCGCUCCUCUGGCUGCUCCCCAGCAGGCAUCUGCCUCUGAGCCUGAGUCCAGGAAACAUGAAGUGUUGAUUCUGAGGACAGAGACAUGGGCCAUGCUGGCUUUGUCUUCCUGCUGUCACUUGUGCUGGGGUCUUGCCCAUGCUCUUCUUCCAAAAAGAAAGAUCUGCAGUCAGUGUGUGGACGACCUAUAUACUCAGGCCGUAUUGUGGGGGGACAGGAAGCUGUUGCAGGGCACUGGCCUUGGCAGGUCAGCCUGCACUAUGGCGAGACUCACUUCUGUGGAGGUUCCCUCAUCAGUGACAGGUGGAUACUGACGGCAGCGCACUGCAUACAACAGACCUGGUUUCCUUUCUCAUAUACUGUGUGGCUGGGAUCGAUUAAAAUAGGCAAUGCAAAUAAUGGUGUGAGACAUUAUGUGUCCCAAAUCAUUUUCCAUCCCCAACCCCAAAAUACAACUGCAGAUAUUGCCUUAUUGAAACUGCUCUCUAGAGUCACCUUUACUUCUUUCAUCCUGCCUAUCUGCCUGCCCAAUAUCACAAAGCAGUUGACAAUUCCUGGCUCUUGCUGGGUGACCGGAUGGGGAAAAGUUCGGGACAAUGCAGGUAGUGAUAACACUUCCACCCUCCAGGAAGCAGAAAUAGCCAUCAUAGACCGCCAAACUUGUGAACUUCUCUACAACCCACUCAGCGCCAUCGAGCCAGAAUUAGAGAAAAUCAUCAAGGAAGACAUGAUUUGUGCUGCUGAUACUCAUAAAAAUAAGGACGCCUGCCAGGGUGAUUCUGGAGGGCCUCUGUCAUGUCACAUCGAUGGUGUAUGGACCCAGAUAGGGUUGGUAAGCUGGGGAUUAGGAUGUGGUAAAACUCUUCCUGGAGUCUACACCAAUGUGACCUACUAUCAAAAAUGGAUUAAAGCCACUAUCUCAAGAGCUGAGGUUUGGGCCAACAAUCUGGAUUUAUCUGACUUAUUGUUCCCUAUUUUGCUGUUCUCUCUGGCUCUUCUGGGACCCUCCUGUGCCUUUGGGCCUAACAUCUUAAGGAGAGUACGCAGCAAAGCUAAAGCUAUUGGCCAAGUACAGGGCUACGAAGAGAAUGUAUGGAGAAUAAGCCCCAGUACAGAGAACUCAGGACAGUCACUGGGAACUCUGGAUAACUUCAUUAAAAUAAUUAGAAAUAAUUCUGGUUUUGAACUACUUGAUUCUGGAAGUAUGGUUUAAUGGCUGGAAUGUGAACAGCUGAGAAAUAAGGCUUCCACCUCUGUGCAUGGCAUUCUUUGUCCCUGACUAUGCAUCUUGCAAGGCAAGAAGGAUGCCUUCUAUGAAUAAGUAUUUAUGGGGGGAAAAUAAAUAGCUACUGGAGAAG